AGCUCAGUAUCAAAAAUCGUGCUGUGACUGUUCGGGCGAGUUAAAAAAAUAUGAGUAAAUUUUCAGAAGUUGUAGCUGCUGCGUACAAAUUGGUGCUUCCUCCUGGCAAACAGACCGCCGUUCCAGAAAACAAUAUCUAGAAACUAAGUGACCGGAUCGGUACAGACAGCAAGAUGGUGGAGUUCGGCUUCGACAUCAAGCGCCUUUUUCCCCAGCCGAUCAUCCGGGUGCAGGCGGACUCGCUGCGUCCCAAGGUCCUGGCCACUGGCCCACGGGCCCAUCCAUUUAUCCCGUACCAACGCCAGCGCGGAGUUGGCCAACCGGCGGCGUCGGCGGCGGCGGGGGGGCCCAGCUGCGAAUUGAGCCAGAUCCUGGACGUGAUGGGGCGGCUGUCGGCGGUGGCCCAGGGACUGCGCCACCCGGUAACCACCGCCUCCAAGCUGGCACCCGACCAGGUGGUCUACCUGUUGGCCGACAAGGAUGCGGCGGGCCGAUGGUCCGUUGCCGGGCUGCUCAAGGUCGGCACCAAGGAUCUCUUUGUGUUCGACAACAAGGGCUCCUGCCGCCGAGCGGAUCAAACACCGGCCAUCCUGGACUUUUAUGUCCACGAAUCCCGCCAGCGCCGCGGCCUGGGCAAGCAGCUAUUCCAGCGGAUGCUGGAUGAACAGGGCUGGUCGGCUGGCAAGUGCUCCGUGGACCGGCCCUCCGCGAAGCUACUCGCCUUCCUGGGCAAGCACUACGGCCUGGUAAGCACCAUUCCCCAGGGUAACAAUUUUGUGCUCUACGAGGGCUUCUUCGAGGAUCCGCAUGCCAAGAUCGUUUCGGCCCGCAGUCGAGUGCCGGUCGGCAGGAGUCGCAGCCACAGUCAGGGUCACCAUUUGCGCAAGACACAGACGCAGGUGCAGACGCAGCAGCAGACGCAGGGACUGGGCACUGGGCAGGCCAUCACCAAUGCCAGACUCUACAAGCGGGACAUCCUCAAUCAGGGGGCGGGUUCGAACCUGGGACACAGCCUGGCAGCAUCGCUGCAUGGACGUGGCAACUUCUCCAGCAUGGACUAUACGAUGGGCUUCAGGGCAAGCAGAGCAGACCACUAGGUGUACCCAUACCCAUUACCGUGCCCGCACCCGUCCACCUACUUCAAGGCGAGUUAACGCUUGGCUCGCUUCCAUUUAGGGCACUCAUCGCACACAAAAUUGCUAGUUUAUGUUAAAAUUUUAAAGGUUCAUAACUGUUAUAUACUUUAAUCAUCCAGAAAAAGACAAAAGAAAGGGUUUAACUAAAUAAAUUAUAUUAU